GUAACAACUGCAAGUCUCUAAUUUCUCUUUUGGUUCAGUUGACUGAUCGUCAUGCCAUCGGGAGCGCCAGAUAUUGCCAAGCCACAAACUGCUCCGCAUCAGGGUUUAACCAUCAAAGAAACUGUGCCUUCUCCAAUGAAAAAGGUUAUUGCACCGAAUGAAAUCGCUCUCCCCGCUUUAGAUACGGCGCCUAGGAGUGUAACCGAAUCUACAACAAGUGGAAAUAAUCGAUCGACUCGAUCGAGACCGCCAAAAACUCCACCUUCAGCACGACAAAAACGAAGCACCCCGAAACGAGCAGCCCCAAACCGUAGCGUUACGCACCGAGAAUGUGUCUGCGGCCGUGGCGUGGCUUGCUUGGGCAUGACCCAAGCAUUUCGAAUGCUACAGGAUCCGAGAUGCUAUUUUGUGGAAUUGCCGCGGUAUCGGAAAGAUCCACCGGCCUUCAAAUAUGUAUUUCGCAAUAAUUUGCGGCAGGCAUAUCUUCGUGAGUUGGUGCGACAAAAUCCUACGUGCGAAAAAUUGAAAGUUGAGAUGGACACCUCUCAGUCGGAUGUCCCGAAACAACGCAAGUAUGUUGCACUCCACCAUUUUCAUCCAACCGUUGUUCGAGCCUUUUACGAAAAUCCGCUGACAUCGGCGCAGAAGCAUAAAGUUCCAAUAAGUAUUACUGAACACGAACUCAGUGAACUUAAUAUGGUAUGUCGAGAAGAAGAUAGAAUAUUAUCUGUUAGUUCCAUUCCAACCGGUGGCUACUACUUCACACCAAACUAUCCGCACGAAAAAGCUCAUAGCGACCUGAAACUUUUAAUCCAAGCGGUUCGAAAUGCACGAGUACAUGGAAGUAACAAAAAGAGGUCAAGGAAGAAGAAAAUUGAGGAUCCAAACGUGCCAACCAAUAUUGAGAUUACAAGUUCAAAAAGUGAUGUAAGCAAUGAUUCUCAAGCCGUAUCAGCCACGGUCUUAAACGAAGAAAAAGAGACGGAAGACAAAAACGAUAAUGAAGUACAUGUGAAAGAAAAGAGUUUUCUUAAGAAAGAAUCCGACGGGAUCAGUGAGACAGAUGUUAGAACCGGAGUUUUGGAUAGUGGUGACGGUGAUGCCGAUGAAUUCGACAAGAUCUGGGAAAAGUCUUCCAGAAGAGAAAUUGAAUCCAGCUUGCUUAAUGAAACCAUCAUUGAAGAGGAAGAAUACGCCAUUGCAGAUGAAGGGAUGGCCAAUAUCGCAGAUCAACCACAUUCCGAUGCCAUUUCCCCAAAGCCCAGGAGAGAAUCUCUAUCUUCGCGACGAUCUGUUGAUCGCCCUUGGGCAACUCCGAAGUAUCGGAGAGAUCGAGAUACUGCGCCUAGAAGGGCAUCUAGUGCUGCCCAUUAUAUUGACCCUGACCAAACAGGUGCACUGAAUGAUAAGCUUGCGACAGAAAUAGUUGACGAUGGGGAGGAUAUUGCUCGAAUCGCUGCGGGAAUGACUGUGAUCGCUCAGGAUAAGUUAAACAUAGUAUCGCCAACGCCUGCUCCUGUCUCUCCCAAGCGAGAUUACAGAGAGCCACCUUCCUCACGCUUCUCGCCUAGUAGAAGUCCGUAUUCUCCCUUUCGCCGGGGAACAGUCGAUGAUGAUGCAGUAUCUCUUGGUAGUGCAGAUAGUGGUCUACAGAAUUAUACAAAGCUUGAUCAUCAACUUCCGGGCGCAGACCCUACCCUGCGAAUCCAAGUUCAUAAUGAUUUGAUCGCUUGGGAAUCAAAACGAAGAUCGGAUCUUGUUCAACAACUAGAGUACAACCGAGAACGCUGGAGGGCUGCAAGUGACGUUUUGGCAGAUGGUAUCGCAGAGGCAAAAUAUGCGGAGAGGUUAAUCCUCGGUAUUUCAAAAGCUUCUAGACUUUUCGCCGACUCACUUCGUGCAGUUUACGACGACAAAUUGUUAGACGAUAAGGGGAAUGCCGUGAAGAAUACAUUCCUUCGAAAUCGCCUCGCAAAGCAACGAAGUGCAUUCGAAUAUUCCAUCGAGAAUACUGGCGAAGAUUUCAAAGAAGGGUCAGGGCUUGGUUCAGUCCUUCUUGAUUCGAUUGUAAGCGCACAAUUGGAUAUAGCAAAUGCAUUCGUCGAAAACUCCGACCAUAUGGAACGAGAAAUUUUGCCAGAGCUUACUGAACUGAAGGAAGAAGUUCAGAAAAAUGCACAGAGACUCCAAGCAAUUGGAGAUACAGUCAUUUCUGAAUUGAAGCAAUCGGAAAUUGAAGUAAAAAAUAUCUGGGGUAAGUACUGAAGAAUAAUAGCGACACAAUCUGGUCCUCUCCAGUCAGCAAAACUAAAUGCAUCAGUCGUAAAUCUCACGCUGGAAAUGUCUCUAUAUAUCGUUUCAGAUGUAUUUGAUGCAAUGGUCACCGGCGAUUUGAUGGAAUACACUACGCACGGUAGCUCACAUGGUGGAAGCUCGCAUGGUGGAAGCCAUCAUUCUUCUUCGAUGAAUACGGGUGGUUCUGGCAGUGUUCAUGGAUUCUUAACCCCGGCCGACGAAAACGAAGCCCCAAUCGUAUCGUCAUCUGCUUCUCCUCUUGUGAAGAGUACAUUUCUACAGCUUGGCCGCAUUGAAGAUGGCUGGUUGAUAGAAAUGUACUAUAAAUCUGCAGUUGCAUUUCAACGAUCGGUAUUUGGUGCAGCUGAGAUGGAACUUUGCAAUCUAGUUCAAGAAAUAUCAAUGCUGGAAGAAAUGCGCUUUCAAAAACUUCAUCAAUUUAUGCUUGCAUUUGCCCCUAGGCAAAGGAGGCUCUUCAAUAAGUUACCUGAACAGCUGAAGACCGUGUUGGAGAAUAUGGUUGGAUUGCGAAUUGACGAGGAGUCGUUGCAAAAAGUUCUUGAUGAAUCUGUGAAGGAUCGGUCGAAGGAUCAUCUGAAAGGCUCUACAGCGCACAAGUCCUCAAUUUUAAACCGGUCAAAGAUAAAUGCAGGCGUUGACUCAGCUGAAAGUGAAAUCGAAUACAUGGAAAAGACCUUUGGUAGUCCCUUUGCUAGUCCCAUGAUCGUACUUUCAAAGAUGGUGGAAUUGAAAACCACGGGUUUGAAAAAAUUAGUCAAUACGGCAUGGAAACCUUCUUUGUGUGUCGUUACAUCAGAAGGAAACAUUUUAGUCUUCGAGACGUCAGGCAAUCCAAAUACUCCACCCGAAGCAUUCAAAUCAUUAUACCCACAAAUGAAUUUCGAUGACGAAAACACUUGGCUUGCUGGCCGCAAGGCUGAUAUCGUAAAGAGCUUGACACCAACUGUUUCUUUUCGGCUGUCGAAGUGUGACUUUUCUAUUUCCCAAAUUCGAAAAUCACAGAUCGAGAUAACCGAAGAAAGGGAUACAGCUGCUGGAUCUCGGUUUAUGAAGGCUGUCAAAUCUGGGGUGCGAAAGUGCACUCUGCGAUUGCCUUCGAGUUCUGAUGCUACUGAUUGGAUGUCCUUGUUGCAAAGAACGAAAAAGGUUCUUAGUAGCCAAGCAACUAGCAGAAGACGAUCACGAUUGAGAGUUUAGAUACAUUUCGAUACGUAUCGUUGCUAAGGGUCAUGUUUCAUUCUGAUGUACAUACUUCAUAAAUCAUUUAUUACUACCAGUAGUAUCAUCGCAUAAUACUACGAAGUUAAGGUUUUUGUUAGCCAUAAAAUAUAAAUUGAGUU